CAACGCGCGAUCACGUGCCACACAGAGGGGCGGGGAUAAAACUAAAAAGCGAGCGGUGCCCCCACCACAGAGGAUUACUACAAAAAAAAACUAUUAUGAAAUAUACAGAAAGCCGAUGUUUUAGGAAAUGAGGCGGGUUUCUGACGCUUUAUUUUAGGAGGUGGGGCUGAUUGCACUCGGUCAGAUCAUUUAGGCAGGCGGCGAGUUUGCUGCAGGUCGCCUCUGAUCUUUGUUACUUUGUAUCAGUGCAUGAUUGUGAUAAGCAAACGGUGGCUUUAACUAACUGGCGCUGCCCUUAUCUCCGCGCACCACCGCCGUCGGUUAUUUCCUGGGACAGGAUCAGCAUGGUUACGGAGGGGCAGCCUACGGAUUUCGUGAAGGUGCUGCACCUGCUGGCGAUGUCCUUCGCCUGGGGCACACAGGUGUGGGUUACCUUCAUAGCUGGGUUUGUCCUGGUGGCCCGAGUUCCUCGGCACACCUUCGGCCAGGUGCAGGGAGUCCUCUUCCCCUUUUACUUCUACAGCCUCCUGGCCAGUAACUUCUUCAGCCUUGCGGUGUUUGCUGUGUACCACCCCCGCGAGCUGCUGGACGGGCACGAAGCGCUGCAGGUUUGCCUGUAUUUCAGCGCCCUGCUACUGGUGGGCCUGAACGCACAGUGGUUUAGCCAGUCCACCACAGAAUUAAUGCUGCAGAUGCAGGAGGUGGAGCGGGAGCACGGUUUGGGCGGCGAGGUUGGGCUGAAGACCAAGAAGGAGGAGUACGCCAAGCUCCGAGAGAAGGACCCCAAGUACAAGGCCCUCAGAGCCACCUUCUUCCGGUACCACGGCCUGUCCUCGCUCUGCAAUCUUCUGGCCCUCCUGUGCACCAGUGUGAACCUGGUCUACACAGCCCUGCAUCUAAGCACCAUCUAACACCCAACACAGAUCUAUGGUCUAUCAUUACAUAAAUGUUUCGUUAUGGAGCUGUGAAUAUAUUCAUUAAUCAUUUAUCAUAAAUCUUCCAUGAUAAACGAACAUUUUGUUCAGUGUGUGAACCGUACGUGGUACUAAGGAGCAAAGAUCGCGUCGACAGCGAUGUCGAUAAGUGUUUUAUAAAACAUUGGCUGAUUUUCAUUGUUCCAGGAGAGGCAAGGAUAUUAUUUAAUUUUUACAAAUGGAAUUUCCAUGUGAUUUCAGAUUUAUUGAAUUACACCUUUUUAAUAAAUGAGUGAGCUGUG